UGCGUUUGCAAUUGCAGUCUGCGGCGAACAGUUAAAGUCGGUGAAUGACUGCCCCACGUGCCGCGGCUAAUACCCAAUAUAUCCUAGCGCAUGAACUGCAGAAAGACGUCGACUUGAGAAACAAAUCGCCUUGCACGAAAACACACAACACACGCGCCCCAACUCCCAAACAGUACCCUCCCCAAUCUUGCCCACAUCUGGCAACAUGUCUCCCUCUCAGACCAGUCCCGCUGUCAAUCUCUCCCCGUCCGAACUCCCCACCCCCGAAAUCUUUCCUCCCGAGGAAGAGCAAUCCCUCCUCUCCGAAUCCAACGCCGAAAAGACCUCCGCAAAUAAGACCUUCACAUCCGGCGACUACAGCUCCGCAAUCCAAGGCUACGAGAAAGCUCUCGCCGUCUGCCCCACCUACCUCGAAUACGACAUCGCGGUUCUCCGGUCGAACAUCGCAGCAUGCCAGUUGAAGCUGGAGGAAUGGAAGCAAGCAGUGGAGUCGGCCACACGAGCGUUGGAGGCUCUGGACUGUGUUGAUCCUCCUGGAACUGCGGCGGGGAAGAAAGAUGUGGAAGAGGGAGUGGUUGUGGAGGAAGUUGACGAUGCGACGGAGAUUAGGAUUGCUGCGCUGACGAGGACGGGCAAAACCAUAAAUGAUGUGCAUAAGCUGCGGACGAAAGCGCUGCUUCGGCGGGCGAAAGCGAGGCGAGAAGUCGGAGGCUGGUCAUCGCUACAAGGCUCUUUCGAAGAUUACCAGACGCUCACAAAGCCACCGCAUCAGUUGUCGAGUUUAGAUCUGAAGACGGUGCAGGCAGCACUGAGGGAGUUACCUCCACAGCUAGACGAAGUGAAGAAUAAAGAGGUUGCGGAGAUGAUGGGGAAGUUGAAGCAGCUGGGGAACGGCAUAUUGAAGCCGUUUGGGCUGAGCACAGAUAAUUUUCAGUUUACGAAGGAUGAGAAUAGUGGCGGGUAUAACAUGCAGUUUAAUCAGGGCGGGAAAUGAGAAGUAGAGGGUGGUGGGCCGGUACGUACGAUGCGAAUGGAAGGCGCACAAUGCCUGGAAUAACUCUUCGACUUCCGAAGGACAGUCUACCUUGGAUCCCCUCUCUUCGACGUCGUCGUCCUGUGAUCGAUUGUCGCUCAAUCACCACCUAGCUCUCGGAAAACUCUGACGCGACACGUCUCCAACCCGCUCGACAAGGGCAAGAAGGAAUUCAGACUCCCUACACCUCGAUGCUAUCGUCCCAGAA